AUGCCAGCUUCGAGACAUAAACGAUCAUCAACACUAUUUGAAUGGCUAAAUGUGGCUACAGGACCUAGUACAACAACGGCAGAUACGAGUAGUGUGGAUAGCGUGGAUCCCGGUCUCGUGAUAGUCAAUGAUGGCAAAUCUAAGGUCAAAAGUGGGGACAAAGUCAAGUUAUCCAGUCAAGAAAGAGACGAAAACAGCCAUCAUGGGCCAGGAUUUCAAAGACAUGGUGACAAUCAAGAUGAAUUAGAUGAAGCGUCAGAUCCGGGUGACGAAUCACUAUCGGAACGGAUUCCCCUUCCACCAAUUGAAGAGUUCUCCUUUAAAUCAAUACUUCAAUCGUGCCAGCCGAUAGUCGAUAAAGUAACUGAUGGCCUUGGAGAAGUAGUCAGUUCUUACAGAGGCUUUCUUGGAGAUGAGUUGGAAGCAGCAGCUGAGAAGCAGAGAAUGUUGACGCAUGAAAUGAAGCAACUCGAUAAACUAGCUCAGUCAGUUUUAUCAACGACAGUGAGUCGCAUGGUGAAAUCGCAGAGCACAGUCAAGGCGCUUAUAGGAACAGAGGGCCUAGCGACUAUAUCAGAAGCGUCAUAUUCUAAUCUGUCUUCAAUUUUGGAUUUACUAGUGGACAUUGAUAAUUUACUCCCUCCACAAGAGAGGCUGAAUACGCCUAAUUCAGCUCAUAAAUUGCAUUACCCGAAACUUCAUUCACUAUUACAGGCGAAAAGAGGCGGUGAAGUUUCGUCCAUUGGAGCUGAUGCUUCAAGCAAUACCAAUGAAAGGCUCAGCACGAGUAACCGCAGUACCCCGUCGCUUCUCAGUGAUCUCGCUACUACAGAGACACAUGUUGAGACCGAAGCAGGAAACAAAAUAGCAACAGGGUCAGUCCAGUCCUCCAGAAACUCGGCAGAAAUGGAAACGGCAUCGUCUAGUUCAUUAUCGACUUCAGGAUCAACGGCAAUUGUAAUACCUUUAUCGCUACAAUCCGAAUCGAAACAAGGACAGACUCAAGAAAACAACGACUUUAACAAGAGCCAUAUAACAGGGUCGAACGACAUCACUCGAAAACGAGUAGAUCUUGAGCCCAACUUAACAUGGCCAAGAGAAACGGACCACCGCAGAGUUGUUUCCACAAUAGAGGGUCCUAGUACAUCAAUUCGUGAAGGUGAAUCUCUAGUCUCAUCUAGCGAAGAAUACCCGAGCAAGGCUACAGAGUCAAAUCCAGUAUUACCUUCGACUGGUGGUCACAAACCUCCUCGACGGUCUAUAUCACUAUCUGCAUUAUCUAAUUACUCAAACUCAUCGCAUGCCCUACUGAUUCAAAGCAACGACGCUGACUCACUAGCUCAACCGGUACUGGACUUGCAAUCGGUAGCUAGCUUAACAUCGCAUGCUGUGAUCAGUAGUACUACUGGUGCUCCCAUUCGACGACGGAGCAGACUAUCAAAACGCCCAAUGAGCUUCUUUUCGAAAGGGUGGCCAUCUUCGUCCACUUCCCGCGGAGACAGUAAAAGCUCACAGUCGCCUACAGCUCGAGAACUCUUGCGAAGAGUUAUCAGGGAAGAAACUUGA